GACCACAACAUGUGAUUCAAACGAAAUCAAUAAAAUUUAAAACAUUUUAAAAUUUUGCGUAAAUUUUAUGUUAAGUUUGAAUACAUUUGUUGAUCACCGAAGAGAUGGUCAUUGAGAUGAAUGGCCACUCAAUCAGUGAUGAGUUUAUUGACUUGUGUUACAAAACAGCCGAAACAAGUCUGGCCAGCGGUGAAGUACCCGUCGGCUGUAUUUUUGUUCAAUUUUCCAGUGAUCAUCCAAAUGGACAUGUGUUGGUCACGGGUCACAAUCGGACAAAUGUCACCCGCAAUGCCACCCGACACGCGGAGAUGGAGUGUAUUGACAAAAUUGUGGCCAAAUUCGGGUCUCAAAUGAACAAAUUGCACGAAAUAAUGGCCGAAACUACUGUUUUGUUGACAUUAGAGCCGUGUCUAAUGUGUGUCCGAGCGCUUCGGUAUUUGCGACCAAAACAAGUGCUGUUUGGCGCACGAAAUGACCGCUUCGGCGGUAAUGAGUCGGUAUAUAAUGUUAGCACAAAUGAGUUAAUAUCUGAUCCCAAACUCAUGUGUUAUCAACUGUUGUCCGCCAAGAAGUCUAUUGAUUUAUUGCAGAGGUUUUACAAACAAACCAAUGAAAGCGCACCAAAACCUCAUCGAAAAAGACUUAAGACAUCUGCAGAUGACUCAGAGCUAUGAUAAACGAAGAGCUCGAAGACAUACAGAUCAUUGAAAUCCUGAC